AUGAUAGAUGUCUGUGAAGGAACAAUUGAGCUAAACUUGGGAAAGGACCUAAGGAUGAAGUUUGAUAUCAAGGAUACAAUGAGGAAACCAACUAUAGAAGAAGGAUAUGUGAGCUCAGAAACUGAUGAGUACAAGAAGCUCCUUGACACCUUCAGACCAGUUCCAAACAUUCUGAGCAUUGAGGGGUUGGACAGGCCAGUUUGCGAAGUCAUGGCAGUGAGCUCGAUCGAGUCGAGCCUCGAACAAACGAACUCGAUCGAGCUGGGGACUGAAUGCAAGGAGCAAGCUCAAGGAGAUUGGUCUGAGCUCAAGGCGCCUAAAGUCGACCUCAAACCUUUGCCUGAGGGCCUCAGGUAUGCAUUUCUGGGUGAAAACUCAACUUACCCUGUCAUUGUGAACUCUGAUUUGGAACCUGAACAGUUGAGUGCUUUGCUUGUUGAAUUGAGGAAGUACAGAAAAGCAAUAGGUUACACUCUAGAUGAUAUCAAGGGGAUCUCCCCUGACCUAUGCAUCCAUAGGAUUCAUCUAGAGGAUGAAAGUAAGUCAAGCAUUGAACCUCAAAGGAGAUUGAACCCCAAUCUAAAGGAAGUAGUGAAGAAAGAGAUACUCAAGUUGCUUGAUGCUGGGAUAAUCUAUCCCAUCAGUGAUAGCACUUGGAUAUCUCCAGUUCAUUGCGUCCCAAAGAAAGGGGGGAUCACUGUCAUUAAAAAUGACAAAGAGGAGCUGAUUCCCACUAGAACAAUAGUGGGGCAUCGCAUGUGUAUUGACUAUAGGAAGUUAAAUUCAGCAUCUAGAAAGGAUCAUUUCCCUCUCCCUUUCAUUGAUCAGAUGUUAGAAAGAUUAGCAAACCAUCCUUUUUAUUGUUUUCUUGAUGGUUACAGUGGUUUCUUCCAAAUCCCGAUCCACCCUAAUGAUCAGGAGAAGACCACUUUCACAUGCCCUUAUGAUCUGAUAGAGGAGAUGGUAGAAGUCUUCAUGGACGAUUUCUCAGUCUAUGGAGCAUCCUUCUCCUCAUGUUUGUCUAACUUGUGCAGGGUGUUGCAGAGGUGUGAGGAGACAAAUCUAGUACUCAAGGAGUUCUUGAGCAAUGCCAUGGGUCUGCUUAUGGAGGGCAGUUUGCCACAUUCAAAACCCCUACUAAGGUUUUACAAUAUGGUUUAUGGUGGCCUACUCUGUUCAAGGAUGCAGCAAGUUACAUCGCCAAGUGUGAUCCAUGCCAAAGGAAAGGAGGAAUCACCAAGGUGA